AUGAAAAUCCCGGCUUCUGAUGGCCUUGACGACGUCGGUGACGUCAUCAUCAACUUCAUCACCCGUGCCCGAGAACGCUACGGGAAAUUGGCGUUGUUUCCACUGCUGGAAGGCGUCGAAUUUCAUGUUCGAAUUCCAGAAUCUGCGACUAAGGAUUCAAAGGAAUUCCCGGAAGAGAUUUCGCAAAGCGGUCGAUUCUUCAUGUCGCAACUCCAAAAACUCGUCAUCCAGCUGCUCGCUUCCUUCGUGGGCCCUCAAAAACCCGAGAGGCUGCAAAAAAUCGCCCGCAUCGAAUUCCCAGUCUACCUGAUCGGCAGCUUUUCCGUCGUGCUGCAGCUCACCGACUCCAACAAGGUCGACAUAGACCUAUACUCGACUUUUGCCAACUGUAUCCUCGGACGAUGGAUGGGAGUCGAAUUCGGAAAAUCACACAGCGCCCCGAAAACCGUCGAAAAGCGCACAUCGCCCCCAAAUGCUAUGGAGAUGUUGGUGGUCGACGAGUUGAAGGCGUUCGAGCUGGACCCGCACGAUUUCAUAGUUAAACCCGAAAAGCUAUGCGAACCCUUCGUCCGUCUCGGGCUCGAUUCGAUCCAAAUGGCCGAGGUCGAACAGAAAAUGAAGCUCAAAUUCCCCAAGCUCGUGUUUGGGACGAUCCUUCGACAAAAUACUGUCGAGAAACUGGCCAAGUACCUGGACGCCCUGCCCAAGGCGGAGAAGAUGAUGAACUCGUCGAAGUCGGGGCAGCUCGACAAGGGUGAUGGCGUUUGGCAUGCAUUGGCCCUAUAUGGUGUCAUUCCCACUACAGUACCCCAACAGCAAAUACUGUUUGAGUGCGAGAUUGGGCCCGAGCGAGUGGCGCAGUUCAACGAGUACUUCCAUUUCACCGUCGACACCUCGAAAAUCUCAUCCAAAAAUUUGCUCCAAUCAAUUCGGAAACUGGUGAUGGAGCAUCGGAUCUUACGUACCAUCUACCCUGACAGCGCCCAGCAAAUUCUGAGCGGCACCGAGCUCCUACUCGAUUUCGAACCGUUCGGGGAGCAAGAAGUCAGAAUCGACGUCAAAAAUCAGCUGCCACUACGAAUUUUCCGGGAAGAAUCGGAUGGGAAAGCCCGAAUUCUAAUCGUUUUCCACCACAUUGCUGUCGACGGGGUGGCGCUAAAGCGGUUUGCGCAGGAGUUCGAGCAGCUGGUCAUUGGAGGAGCAAAGUUGAGCAUCACCAACAGCCGACAAUUCGCCGAAUAUUCCCUCGAGAGAUCCCAAUCAACGCUGACCGUACCGGAUCGCGAAUUCUGGAAACAACACCUGAAAGGGAUGGCACACAACAAUUUGCCGGAAUACCACGGCAACAAGAGUGCGACUACGGUACACUCCGUCGUCAGGAAAAUCCCACCAGAGAUCCUCGGCGCCAUGCAAAAACAUGCGAAAGCUAGUUCGAUUUCCAUGUAUCGGCUUUUCGUGGCUGCCUACACGGCUACGGUAACGAAGGUGCACGACUGGGACGAAGCAACAAUUGGACUUGCCGACCAAAGCCGCCCAUCCGACCACCGCGACACGAUUGGUUGUUUUGUCAACAUCCUCCCAUGCCGUCUCCCCUACCAUGGCCACGAAGCGAUCCCCAACUACCUCACCCGGGUCGAUGGCCAAAUCUCUGCAUGCCAGCAGCACAACAUCCCCUACGGCGAGAUUCUGAAGUGUGUCGACGUGCCGAUGACCAAUCAGAAGUCGCUCUUCUGCGUCAUGUACAUCCACCGCGUGCUGACGGUCCUCCAGGAUUUUUGCGGCCCAGAUAAUUCUACCUCGCUCGCCGAAAUCAAUCCAUACUCCGGCUCCACAACUCUUUAUCACCAACGUAAAAUCCGGAGCCGAUGGACGGAUAUUCCGCAGGGAUACUCUUGGCUCGAGAUUUUGAGAAGACAAACUACAAAAACGGGACUUACCUCGAGAAUUAUCGACUCCAAUGGGUCGUUAAACUAUCAGGAAAUGGAUUCCGAAUCCACACUCCUGGCCCGCCGGAUUGAGCAGAAGAUGUGGGCGCAGCUAGGCGUAGGGCCAAGGAGUGACACCCCGGUGGCGGUGUACUGUGGACAGUCGCGUCGUCGUGUACUGUUGAUGGUUGCCGCGUGGAAAGCCCGGCUGUACCCAUUUAAUAUCAAUAUGGAUUGGCCGCUGUUGAAGCAGAGGGCAGCGACUGGAUUGUUUGGGAAUAUUAUGUUUAUUACGGAACAUCGAGAACAUUUGGGGAUGAACUUGCCGCUGACGGUGGAUGUGGGGAAGUUGUUUCGAGGAAUGGAGAGGAUGGAAUUGAAGAGCACCCUCUCCGAUCAGGGCAUCUCCAAUCUCGGUUCCCUGGAGCGCAUCUUCUUUGGCGGCGAACAGAUCCAACAUGGUGUCAAACAGAAGCUGCUCAAUUCCGGCACAAUCCCCUAUGAGAAAUAUGGCACAUCCGAGCAGACGGUCUACUCUACCAAAUAUGGAGUGAAGGCUGGAGGGCAGAGAGGGCUGUGCGGGCUGCCGUAUCAGAAUCUGUACAUGGCAGCGUCGACCCGGGAGGGAUGGGUGGCUGAUGGGAAAGUUGUGGCUGAAUGUGUACAGUAUGGAGCGGCAAUAAGUCGAGGGUAUCAUUCGAUGAGGGUGCGGAAUAAGGAGCGAUACCUACCCUCGUCUCUCUCCACCCAUCAAGACAGCGUGGCGGGACUCCCGUGCCGCAGCUACCGUACCGGGGACCUGAUCCAGUUGGCCCACCCGGGUUGCUACCAAUUCCACGGUCGGGCCGAUUCCCAGACAAAAAUCGGAGGGAAACUCGUGCGCCUCAACGAGAUCCAAGAAGAAAUCUCCUCCACCCCAAAUGUCCAUUCUUGCUAUAUAAUUGAAGAUCGCGACGCGUACACCUCCUUUCUGAUCGGUUACGUGAGGUUUGUAGCGCACGGUGAUGUUGAGGAACUUCGUGAAACCCUCAAGAAACGAAUGGCCCCUCAUGAGAUUCCGAAAUUUUUAGUAAAAAUGGAAGAAUUCCCAUUGAAUCAAAAUGGAAAAGUGGAUAAGGCGAGGCUACCAAAACCACAGGAACCUGCUAAACCCCUAGAACCCACCCAAACUACCGUAGUCGAGCCACAAAAACAUGGCGGAGAACUGGAGGCGAGCAUUCUGGACGUGUUCAAGUCGGUGUUGGCAAACCCGGGGCUUACAGCGCUCGAUGACUUCUUCCAAAAUGGAGGUGACUCGAUCAGGGCAAUGUUUAUGGCCCGGGAUCUGGGGAAGAAGCUGGGUAAGGAGGUGCCGUUGAGGGUCCUUUUUGAAAAGACGACGGCUAGAUCGUUGGCUCUGUAUUUGGACGAUAUUGAAGAAGCGGGAGGACCGGAAGAACCGGAAAAACAAGUCAAAAACCAGGAGGACGGUCUCGAAAACUGCCCGGCCAAUUACGCAGGACUCCAAACUAAACCGGAAAAAUGUGCGCCGGCUGCUAAAGACAAAAAUGAGCAUGAAGAGCCCGUAGAAGCAGCGACGAGCGUGAAAAAUGGGUCCUUAAACUUCAAAACCGGGCCAACAACCGCGCACGGUUACGCGAAGCUUCAGGGUACACCUGGAAAUUGUGCACCAGUUCCACAAGUCGAAACUGUAGCUAAAACUCCAUGGAUAAAGCCGGAAGACGAAGACAAAGCUAUAAUCUCUAAUUCUACGGAUUCCAAGACCUACGCGACGCUCGAAUGUACAUCUGAAACGUGUGCCCUCGUUGCCAAGACCAAAAUCUGCGCUCAAAAGCUUGACAAGUCUCUGGAGGAACCGGAAACUAAGGACUACGCGGCACUCCAAAGUGCGUCCGAAGAAUCCGAGGGCCAGGUCUUCAAAGCGCAGAAAGAGGCUUUUAAAGCCAAAAUCGAAGCCGACGAAGCCAAUGCGCACGCUUCCAAAGCCAAAAAUCUCGACUUCUGGCGCUCCUAUCUAAAAGACGCCACAGAACUAAAGCUCCUGGAAAUCCCGAAAAUCGAGAACAACCCGGAAAAUAGCCUGACCAUCCUCGAAACCAAGCUCCCCUUCGACUUCCAGGAACUCCGGGGCGCUCCACGAUUACACCUACUAACCACGGCGGUUUUGGCAACCCUCCAAGAGGCUUCUGGAACUGAUGACGUCACGAUUGGGCUCGUCCUGGCCAAUAGAACCCGGGAGAAUCACGAUGACGUCGGGUUAUAUGUGAAUACCGUACCGAUAAGGUGCAAAAUUGGGAGUGGAGAGCGGAAUUUUGUGGAUGAAGCCUUUGGAUCGAUCGAUAGAGUAUUGGAGAAUCAGGAAACGGGAUUGGCGGAUAUUCUGGAGCUGACCGGAAGUCGGAGGGAUGAUGGACGACAUCCCGUUUUUAAUCAGGUGCUCAAUCUCCGCAGCGCACCCCUCGAAACCCGGGUUACGGUGGCCGGCACGGAAUUUAGAAUGCGAGCCCGAGAAAACCUGGAAAAUCCCUUCGACGCUAGCUGGAUCUUCGAGACUGAUGAAGCCGGGAAAAUCAUGCUAAAGCUGCUCUACGACCCGCAAAUUAUUCUGGGGGAACAAGCGAACAGCCUUGUCCUCUCAUUCUCAAAAACACGCCCCGAAGACCUACUGUACGUCAUCUACACCUCCGGCACCACAGGAGACCCCAAAGGUAUCGCGGUCAGCCAUAAAAACGGCGCACUAAUGACCCAAAAUUUCGUUCGGCUGAACUUGGUAAAGUCGGCCUCAAAGAUGUCGAUGUUCUCGACCCCAUCCUUCGACGGCGGCAUCGGAAAUGUCCUAUCAGCUCCCCAGCUCGGCGGCGCCCUCUGCGUCCAGGGCAGUCCGGCGGAGUUUGAGCGGAAUUUGGAGCAUUUUGGAGCGCUGGACCUGGUGCAUUGCACCCCGGGCAUUGCUGCUACGCUAUUUGACGACCCGGAAAUAGCCUCGAAAAUCGGUGUAUUUAACGUGGGAGGUGAGGCUUUUGGGCGAAGGUUGGUGGAAAAGAUGGGGGGCAAUCGGGUGGUGCAGCUGUACGGACCGGCCGAGGCGACCUGCUACCAGACGGCACUCCACAUGCGCCCCAACCAUAUUUAUGCGAAUUUGGGAGCGGCUGGGGUACAGACUACAAACUCGAAAGAUUCGCUGAGACUACAAACUACAACAACCCUCGUAACCCCAAUGCGAAACAAUCGCCGCCUGGCCCCGUUUGAAAUUGGAGAGCUGACCGUCGACUCCGAGCAGGUCGCUCGCGGAUAUAUCGGACAACAAAAUAACUCUGGAUUUACGCAGCGGAAUUUGUACAGGACUGGUGACUGGGGAUGGAUCGACCUGAAAGGCGGACUGCAUUUUAUCGGGCGGCAAGAUGACCAAGUGAAGAUCAACGGCGUGCGCGUGGAACUCGCCCAAGUCGAGGGGGCUGUGGAAAAAGUCCGUGGUGUCGAUAGUUGCGUUGUGUUGCUGGAUGGCCGAAAGAAAAUGACGGCUUUUUACACCGGAAUAUCGAUGCAAGCACAGGAGAUCGAGGAAAAGGUUUCCCGCUGGUUGCCCUAUUUCCUGCAACCCACCAGCUACCAUCACCUCCAAAAAUUCCCCAACACCCGAAACGGGAAAGUCGAUCAAGGGAAGCUGCUAGAAAUUGCCGAAAAUUCCGAAUCACUACGCCAUGACGCGGUAGACACGGAAAUACUCGGAAAUAUCCUCCAAAUCUGGGCAACCAUACUCCCAAAAACCGAUAGUAUCACACCGGAAGCAAACUUUUUCGCCCUGGGCGGAAACUCACUAGUGGCCCUAAAAUUGGGGCAGAAGCUGAAGGAAGAGCUCCAAGUGGAGGUCGGGAUCCGCGACGUAUUCCGCUACGCUACUCCGAACGCCCUAGCGUUGCAUGUCGGAAAGUUACGGCCUCUAAAACCUGCCCCAACUACCAUAAUCCAAGCCCAUGAUCCCGAGAACCCACUUCCGGCCCCGAAAAUCCUUCAAAAACUCGCCAAAACCCUAUUAAUAAGCCAGGAUAGGACUUUGAAAAUGGCCUACAAUUGCCCGGUGUCGAUUCGUCCGAAAACUGCCAAAAUCGAGAAAUGCCUGCUGGAUUUAAGGCAUAUUUUAAUGAAGCAUAGAGCACUACGAUCGUUCUUCAAAAUCACGGAUGAUUCUACCGUAAUCGUGGAGUUCUACAGCGGGACCGAAGCUUAUUUUGUGCCCUCAAAAACUGUAGAAACAGCCCUUGAACUUGAUUACCAUGAUGAUCUGCUACUGCGAAUUUUUGUGGACGAGCAAGACGGCAAAAAUUCGCUGAUGUUGAACACCUCCCACCUCGUGACGGACGGGAUUUCGGCCCAAGUCAUUGCUGCCGAUUUUGAGGCGUUACAGUACAAUACAAUCCAGGAAAGUACGGAAGAGUACAAGACAUUCCGAAAGGAUACGAAUGGGUUCCCUCUCUCCCCGCAACAAUCCCAAAUGUUCUACCUGGCGCUGACCGACCCGGAAAACUAUUAUUUAAACCCGUACAUCAAUCGAUUCCCAAAACCGGUGCCCCAGAAUUUCUUGACGCACUGCCAGACGGCACUCAACCGAAUUGUCGCGGAGCAGGAGAUGUUCAGGGCCAAUUUUGGGUACGGUAGUCGAGGGCAAGGGAUAGAACCCACUCAACAGGUACUGUCGUUGACAGAGUGCUACAUGGCGAAUAGACCGGAAAUGAUUGAGGAAAAGCGCCUGGUCAGGGCCUUGAAAGCCAGGCACAGGCGCCGGUAUUCCCUGCUAAAAGAUGGACCGCUAAAGGUUUUCCUCUUUGAAAGUGAUGACUCGAUUACCGUACUCCUCCUCAUCCACCAUAUCAUUAUCGACGCGACCGGGACACAACUGUUUGCCAAGUUGUUCAGGACCCACCUUGCCGAAGCUCAAAGCGGUUCAACUAGCCAAAAAAUACCGACGGCUCCACGACGCUCUUAUAUCCAUUACGCCAUCGAAAACCAACAUCCACAGCAAUUGGACGAAGAAUACGUGCAAGAAAUCCUGGCUUCACUUCCGGAUAGCGAAGCCCUAAGCACCAGGAAAAAGCCCGACGCCUUGACGUCCAACCUUGGGCCCCAAGAACAUCUUCUAAAAAUUGCCUCCACUUUAAGAACGACCCCCUUCAUCAUCCUGGUCGCCCUCCUCUAUAAAGUGCUCGCAAAAACGAGCCUGAGCUUCGGCAUCGUCUCGGCGAACCGACAGCCAGAAUAUGAUAGCGUAAUCGGAUACUUUUUGAAUUAUCUGGUCUUGCGUUGUGAGGAUGAGAAGGUGAAAAGAUUUGAAAAAUCAGGCCUACAACGUCUGCAGUCCAAACUACAAACUUUGAUCCUGAAAAACCCCGAUUUUGUGGCGCUUCAAAAAGCGGUGAGCACGAGAAGUGAGGGCCAGAAGCCGCCUAAGUACCUCUACGACGUUUUUCUGAAUUGUCGUUAUGAGUUGGAGUCUGAGGAAAGCUUAGAAUUGGAGGGGAUGGAUCGGGGGAGCAUGAAAAUUGUCGAGCUCAACAUUGCACCCAUCGACGUUUCAAUAGAUUUCACGGCCGGACAAGUACAAAUUGAGAUCUCGUCCUUAAUCCCGGAAUUCCGAGAGGCUACUAUAGCCGGAAAUCUACAAAAACAAUUUCGGAAUUUAUACGGAAGGAUCAACCCGAAACCCGUCACUUUUAAACCUCAAAAACGAGAAUUUCCAGCUCGUAACUUCAUCGAAAUCUUUGAAAAACAAGUACGGAAAACACCAAAAAACCCGGCUUUUAAAAAUGUCCAGGGCAAAGGUAUGGAAUACCUCGAACUACACCACAAACUACACUCCCUAGCCCUACAACUCAAGAAAAAGUUCCUGGCCGCCACCGGCCGAUCCCUACGCCCCGACGAUACGAUUGCCGUAAUUAGGCGCAAAUCGGAGGGCGCACUAAUGGCGUGCUGGGCCGUGCUUGCCGCCGGGGCAUGCUAUGUCCCCAUUGAUGCCGCAAAUCCGGAGGCUAGGAUCAGGAAAAUACUGGAGUCGUCAGGCGCAAAAAUUAGCAUUGGCGAAAAUGCCGGCAAUUUCGGGAUUCCUGGACUAACCAGCGUGAACCUCGAGCACAAACUACAAAUUCGGAGACACGCUUGGAAAUCUGGGGCGCAAGAAGAUAGCGCUUAUAUUAUUCACACUUCCGGGACGACCGGAGACCCCAAAGGGUCGGUCAAUCCGCAGAGCGCCAUCUCGAAUCUGUGCUGCCAGGCCGCCCGCGAAUUUUGGUUGAACCCGAAUGACGCCAUAUUUCAGUUCACCAAUUUUGUGUACGACAACAGCGUGCUGGAGUACACAAUGGCGCUGGCGAACGGGGGGCUUCUGGUCUUUGACGAUGCCCCAUUUACGCCCAAUCGUUUCGGGAUCAUCCGCCGGAAAUAUGGCUUGACUUUCGCGCUGUUAUUCCCUGGGCUUGUCCAAAUGUUUGGCAACGAGCAGCUCGAAGAGCUUCGGGAGUUACGAUACUGGAUCGUCGGGGCGGAAAAGCUACCCCGAGAACUCUUCGCAAAAGCCCUCGAAAACCAUAUACAUAUUCUCCAAAAUUACGGGCCAACGGAAACAACAUGCUUUGCCUUUUUCAAAUUUAUGAAAGCCGGCGAUCACCCAAACAAUCUUGGUCGCCCCAUCGCUAAUGCUGGGUAUAUGGUGGAGCAAGAGGAGGAACCCGAAGAUACCUCCUCUGAAGAACCCAAAGAACUUCUCAUCGAAGGCCAAGGCCUAAUGCGCGGAUAUAUGAACCGUACCACCCAAGAAUCAUUCCGCUUCCGAGAUGGGCGGCGCUACUAUGCUUCUGGAGACUUGGUACAAUGGCUGCCGACCGGGGAAAUCUUGUAUCUGAACAGGAAGGAUGCGCAGAUAAAACUUAAUGGACAUCGGAUUGAACUCGGCGAAAUCGAGGCCGCCUUCCUCAAACAGCCCGGCGUUGUGCACUGUCGAUGCCUGGUGGUGAAAAAUAUGAUCGCGGCUUUCUAUUCGGGUGCUGAGCAGCGGGCCCUCGCUGAUAAGUGUCUAAAAAGAACUGGCAUCCGCCGGCACCACGACUUUUUCUAUGUGGGCGGCAAUUCGCUAAAUGUUGCCCUAUUUUGCGAGGGCAUUCGCAGCCAAUAUUCGGUCGAGCUAAAGCCGGAGAUGAUCUAUGCAAACCCGAAAUUUUUGGAUAUUCUAUGUUUAAUUGAGUCGAGAAUCGGCCCGGUUUUGGAAAUAGCUGAACCGGAAGUGAGUCUGACUGAGGAGCUUGAAGCUCAGAAACAGCAGCUUGAUGAAAGCUCUAUUGCCGAAAGCAUGGCCGAAAUCUGGGGCAAAGUCGGCGCAAAGUUUGGCGACGGCCAGAUGUCAUUUUUCGUGGCCGGGGGCAGCUCGUUGAAACUGAUCGAGGUGCAGAGGCUGAUAAAGGAACAUUUUGGGCUUAACGUUCCGAUACCGCUGCUUAUCCAAAAUGGAUCCGGGCGCCAAAUGAUGGAUUUGGUGCAAGGGGCCCGGAAUAGAGAAACGAUCCCCGAGAUGGAGGUCGUACAAGUGGCAUCAGAAGGAUUGGGCGAGAAAAGCCCCGUGACGAUCGUGUUCUUCCAUCCGCUACUCGGCGGUUCCUACAUCCCAUAUCGGCACCUCGCCGAAGAAUUGCAACAAUUCGGACAUCGCAUUUUGCUGGUCGCCCACCCGCACACAUUUGUCGAGCCUGCCGAUGACGAACCGUACGCGGAAACGCUAGAAGAACUGGUGACGAAAUACACCGUCGAGCUGUCGGGCAAAACAUUUGGACGUCGCGUGCUCAUAGGCGCAUCCUUCGGGGCCAAACUGGCUUACGAGUUUUCAACACGUGAUAAUCUCGACGAUACGCUGGUGAUCAGCCUUGAUGGGUCUGCCGGCGGCCCCGAGGAGCUAGACUUCGAAAGCCACUCGAAACAAAUGACGAGCAUUUUAAACGAUUGGACGGGUUUCCGGUGUUCAGACCAGAUUCUGCUGCAUCGACUAAUAGCUUCGUCUUGGGAGCUGCUGGUUAUGGCUUCCGAAUGGACGCCUGCUGCAAGUACAAAGGCGAAAAUGCAUCUCCUCAGCGUUGAUGGAGGAGAUUUGGGUUGGCGGAACGUGUUCAACGAUAACCCGAAUUCUUUCACCAUCCAGAAAUUGCCUAACGAUUUGGACCAUCAGAAUAUGCUCGAAAAAAGUUAUGCCGCAUACAUGGCUGGUCUAAUCCAGGCCGCUAUUUUGCAA